UUCUUAUGUUUCACAUUUUUUUCUACUAUAAUCUUAGUGAAAGGAGAGCUCCGUGUGCCUGGAUGUCUCACUCCUGUCGGUUCUUUUCAGGGAGACGAAAUGGAUGACGAUGACGGAGCUCGACCGCUGGCUGAGUCGCUGCUUCUCGCCAUUGCUGACUUGCUCUUCUGCCCUGAUUUCACUGUACACAUCACAGAAGAGGCCCUGAUUCAGUGAAGAGCAUGCAGUCUAUAGACAGCUGUGAGUACAUCUGGGAGUCAGGAGUAGGAUUUGAACAAUCUCCACCUCUAAACUACAUCCAUGAUCUGAAUCGGUCGGAGUUGCUGAGAUUAUUGCUGACCUGCUUCUCUGAGGCCAUGUACCUGCCUCCCUCUUCAGACAACAGCGUCCUCAAUCCUUGGGUGACGUUCUUCUGCUCUGCAGAAAACAGACACGCUCUGCCUCUGUUCACGUCCCUGCUGAACGUGGUGUGCGCCUAUGAUCCGGUGGGCUACGGCAUCCCCUACAACCACCUCCUCUUCUCCGACUACCGGGAGCAGCUGGUGGAGCAGGCCGUGCAGAUCCUCAUUGUGACGCUGGAGCACGAUGGAGGAGUCCCCCACCGCCCUCCCUCCCCCUCCAGCAUGGAGGAACAAGAGUCUGCCGGCCCUGAAAACUUAUUUGUGAAUUAUUUGUCAAGGAUUCACAGAGAGGAGGACUUUGAUUUUGUCCUGAAGGGUCUCGCUCGCCUGCUGACCAAUCCAUUAACGCAAACAUACCUGCCUAACUCCACCAAAAAGAUCCAGUUCCACCAGAUGCUGCUGGUGCUUUUCUGGAAACUCUGCGAUUUCAACAAGGCUGGAAAGGAAAGCUUCCUGAAUUUGGAAAUUGAGUCACUAAUUGACCUUGUCAUUGAGGUCGAGGUUCCUCUCAUAUUCAGAUGUUUGAAUUCUCAUUAUCAUCUUUAAACAAUUGUUUGUACGUUUCUCCAGACCACAGAAUGUCUGUCAAAGCUCUCGACGACCCCAAAGGCCGAUGCUCAAGUUCUUGACAGCAUUAAAGCUAAAGGGGCAAAUUUCAACUUUUCCGUCUGGCUUUUAAAUCAAGGAUAUGGUGCUUUUUAGUGAGGAUUUGCAACAUAUUCUGGAUGGCACAGUAUUCAUGUUUCACUUUGUUUGUUGUACUUUAUAUGCUUUAAAGUGAAACUUGCACCUUAUUGCGUUGUUAUGUAGUUUGUGAUGUUUGGAGAACAUAAUACAGAUUGUAUGGUUUUAUGUAUUCUGCUCAAGAUGUUUUAAACUGUAAUUUCAUUAACCUGUCCUCAAAAUAUAUAUUGAUAUGCAUCUAU